UUUUUUUUGUUACCAACGUCCCUAAAAAGAAUAAAUUCCAAAUAUGUCUAUAGCACGAUUAACAAGAAGUCUGGGUCGUAUGGUUCAUAGACCAUUAAUUAUUCAAAAUAACAGAAUGCCAAUUGCAUACCCCAUGUUCCGACGAUUAUGUACUAUUCCCGAUACCAAAGAUGCCGAAUCCAUCUUGACAGUUUUACAGCAAGUAAACAAUAAGGACGCGAAAACAUACAAUUCAUUAUUAACGGAAUUAGCGUCAAAUGGACGAUCAGCGCAAGCACAAAAGGUCUACGACGAGAUUUUUCGAGACCACGACGUUUUGGCCAACAUUACAACCUACAGUCAACUCAUGUUAGCUUACAUUAAUGAUGGCAAAUACGAAGAGGCCAUGGAGAUAUAUUAUGAGUUACGUGACCACGAGGACUCGCCCAAUAGCUCGGUCAAAAAUUUACAGUUAGAUGCCGAGACCUAUGGCAGCAUGAUCCGUUCUUUGACCGAUAAUAAGAAUAUGGUGCUUAACAAGACUCGAUUUGACCCCACGGUCGAACCAUUAUAUGAAUAUUCAGUGGAGGAUGUGGAUUCAGCUAUUUAUCAGGAUAUCGAAGGAGACUCACAGCCAUCACUAUUGACAGCAUUGACAUUAUUUAAUGAUAUGCGCCAUUUAGAAAUUCAGCCCACUUCCGAAAUGUACAUCAGCAUGUUGAAGGCGUGUGCGGAACAGAAAGAUGGAUAUGUUCUAGAAAAGAUUCAUAAAUUGAUUCGAAUGGAUCUGUAUCUUGAUCCUGAUAUCAAGGUGUUUAAUCACUUAAUGAAUGCAUAUAAUAUCGUAGGCGACGGAAGUUCGGUAUUGGAGAUUUGGGAUACCGCAGAAUCAAGUGAUAAUUUUGAUGAAGAGAGUGUUUCUAUUGUAUUAAAUACGUGUUUACAGCAUGGCUUUAUUACAAGAUUAACUUCGAUAUGGAAUAUUUUAAAAAACAAGCAUAAAUUGAACACAGAAAAGACUUUAGACCAGUUAUUAGAAGAAGGAGGAUAUAAACAAAUAAAUAAAUAAUAAUUCUUAAAUA